AUGGAGUUUUCUCAGUCAAGUAUACCAUCCGUGCAGGAUCUCCUGCGUUCCGGGGGGCUGUUUGUGCCAUUUUCCGAGUUUCCGGUUCAGGCCAUCUAUGAAACCCCUGGCUGGUUUGAAAAGAAGCUACAGGAAGGAAAGCCGUUCGUGAUUCGUGGACUAAAUCAAACUGAUCGCUGGGACGCAUCAACUUUGAACAAUGGGUGCUUGGUUACAUCAUCUUCCUCGGGAGUAAGGAACUGUCAGACUGGUCGCGAUGUUAGGAUGCGGCUUCGUGAUCUGAUACCAACGGACCACACUCGUGCUGGUCACGCUCGGGAAUCGCUCUACGCGAAAGACCUUCAAUGUCCUGUCGAGUGGAUCAGAGCGUUGAAGGCCGUCUUGCCUUCUUGUUUAAUGCAACUAGGCUCGUUCGACUUGUUCCGAGUAUUACCAAAGGAAAUCACGCCCGAAGUGUUGAUGGCUUACGUUGGAACACAGUUGUCCUUGUCCGGUUUCCACAGAUGUUUUAGUGGAACAGUUGCACUUAAUCUGAUGAUCGAGUCUGAAGAAAGCCGAUAUGGAUCAUUGUGCUUUGGCACAGAUCAACGCUCACAGGAAAAGUAUGACGCGUUUAUGGAAGGGCUUGGAAAGUCAUCCCACACUGAUUGGGCCAAUAUCUCCAUCGCGCAAAUGGAAUCUGCCAAUUUCCCGAUAUACGUCACUCAUCAAGAGCCUGGGGACUUGGUGAUAUUUCCUUCAGCAACUGCUCAUCAAAUAUGGAAUGUCAGCCCCAUGGUGACGAAAGUGGUUUGGAACAUCCUGCAUGCAUCCUCGAUUCCAUCAUUUUUUGAUUAUAUCCAGCCUGUAUAUCAAAAGCAAUGCUAUGCAGACACAGGCCGAGUUCCCUUGAUACCAAUACAUGCACUCCGUGACAGCAGUCACAACCCAGAAGAGACGAAACUGCUUGUAGAUAUGCUUCAACAGCUAGUCGAUGACGAGGAUACUGGGUGUGACUCAUCUGUGCCUAUUAAACUUGUGGAUACACAAGGAGCUGUGGUGGAAUGUAACUUUUGCGGAUUGACGAUCUGGAACCGACACUUACACUGCGAACAGUGUGGAGAUUUUGACCUCUGUCUAACAUGUUACGUAUCCGGAAGGAGUUGCAAGCAUGUUGGUGACUAUACUUGGGCUGAGCUAUUCCGGAGCGAAUAUUGCCGAACCCUCAUCAAGACUACUCGAGAUAGAUUAGGCGGCUAUUCCCCCUCAGACACAGGACGACCGAAACGAAAGACUUUGGGCGCCAUGGCUCUGGUAGCAGCGGAAGCGCGACGACAAUCCUCAGAACGCCUCUGUCACCUCUGUCGUGACAGUCACCCUAUCUGGAAGGGAAUAACAUGCUCUCAAUGCUCAGCUUUCUUUUGUUAUCGUGGCUUGUAUAGGCACUUCGAUAUUGAUCUCCUUAAGUUCCUCAGAAAUGAAACCUCAUGGGAUAAGCCCGUCCGAGCUCGGAUUAAGCCUGUUGAUCCACGAGGUCGCAUCUCCGGCUUCGUGGACAACGUAUUUGACCAGAAGAGAGGCAAGAGAGCUGUCUCUGUUACACAAAGUGCAUCGCCACAAAACACUUUGGACCCUCGGGGACAGAAACGACAUAGGCUGCCAAACGACGAUGGUCACGAAAGGUCGCUACACGAAGCUAUACAUUCCUCCUCUGAGAGUGUUGAGCCCGCUCAGAAUAGAAGGUCAGAUAUUGUUGCAGAUGCUGAUGUUCCCCCUGGCCUUCCCAUGCGUGGCAGUUCGACAGGGUCUUUCAAUUCAAAAGGGCAGCUCCGCAUCAGUGAUCUCGUGGAGGACAGAAGCUCCCCGGACAAAAGUUUCCAUCACAGUCGGCAUGUAGAAGCUCAUAUCCCGCUCUCUUCUACGCCAAAAAAUACCCCUUACCGAUAUCCUCAUGAACCCAACAAUCACAUCGCUAACGCCCCGAAUCCCAUUGAUGAGGAAAACAUCCCCUCUCUUGAAAGGAAGCUAGGCGCUCUGCGCCAAUACGCGGACGGCCUGCUUGAGCUGUCUCUGAUCGAUUCACAUGCCAAAGUCCUUGACAAGAUCUCGGAUAUAGAAGCUCGAAUUGAGCGGAAAAGGCGACAGAAGGCCGAGUUGCUUUUCAGUGGCUUGAACCGAGAUUUUCCUGACUUGGCAGAUAUGGCUAUGGAAGAGGCACGACGGCGGGGGAUUUGA